AUCAUGAUCAGAACUCGUUCGGUGACCAUUGUGUAACCAUGCUCCCCGUCAAAGAAAUACAAGAACUAUCUGAUCUUCACCCAAAGCCUUCAGCUAUCAAGUUUCAGUAUGGGACUGCAGGUUUCAGAACACUGGGGAAGACCCUUGAUUCAGUACUAUUCAGAGUGGGUGUCCUCGCAGCACUUCGAAGCAAGAAACUGGAUGGAAAGACGAUCGGUGUGAUGGUGACUGCCUCACACAAUCCGGAGCCUGACAACGGAGUUAAACUCGUUGACCCACGCGGCGAGAUGCUUGAGUCGUCAUGGGAGGAAUACGCUACUGCACUUGCAAACGCGCCCGAUAGCAUUGCUUUCCUUGCUGUGGUCGAUGAAUUGGUAAAGGCGACCAAAAUAGACCUCUCGAUGCCCGCUCGUGUAGUGUAUGCCAGGGACACACGUCCGACAGGCCCGCAACUUGUUUCAGCCCUUAAGGAUGGGUUGGAAGCGAUCAAGGCAGAGUAUAGGGACGCUGGCGUUACCACAACGCCGGUGCUCCACUACUUGGUGAGGACCAUCAAUACCAAAGGUACUAAAGAUUCGUACGGCGAGGAUACCGAGGAAGGAUAUCUUACGAAAAUAAGCGAUGCCUUCAAAAAAUUGCUUGCUGGCAAACCAACCCCGCCGCCAUUACUCAUCGAUUGUGCGAAUGGCGUUGGUGCCUUGAUGGCUGAGAGAUUCAAAGCAUAUCUUGGGGAUGUCUUCAAUAUCAAUGUCGUGAACGCUGACCUGCAUACCUCUGGCGCACUGAACAACUCGUGUGGCGCGGACUUUGUCAAAGUCAACCAGAAGUUACCUCCUUCUAUCACUCUGCAGCCAGGACAGCGCGCUUGCAGUUUAGAUGGGGAUGCCGAUCGUCUUAUGUACUAUUAUGCAGAUGAACGUGGUCAGUUCCAUAUGCUCGACGGAGACAAGAUUACGACACUUGUGGCGAGUUAUAUCGUUGAGCUUGUGAAGGCCUCUGGAUUGGAUGAGCAGAUCAAAGUCGGCGUCAUUCAGACGGCAUAUGCGAACGGAAGCUCAACAAAAUACCUUUCUGGGAGACUUCCUGUCAAGUGUGUUCCCACAGGUGUGAAACACUUGCACCAUGCUGCAGAACAGUACGAUAUUGGGGUCUAUUUCGAGGCCAAUGGGCACGGCACGGUUUUAUUCUCGCCCGCUGCUCAGGAAUUGAUUUCUAGCCACAAACCUUCCCCAGCGCUCACAAACCUGAAGAAUAUCAUCGACGUGAUUAACCAAACAGUCGGCGAUGCUCUCUCGGAUGCAUUCCUAGUGGAAGCAGUUCUAGCACACAAGUCUUUUAGUGGUGUGGAGUGGGACUCCAUGUAUUGUGACCUCCCGAACCGUCUUGUGAAAGUCGUCGUAGGUGAUCGGAACGCGUUCAAGACGGAGGAUGCGGAGAGACGCCUAGUCAGUCCUCCUGGACUGCAGGGCAAGGUCGAUGAGCUUGUGCGUAAGUACGAAGGGGGUCGCUCGUUCGUGAGACCAAGUGGCACGGAGGAUGUAGUCAGGGUUUAUGCUGAAGCGGCCACCCGCGCCGAGGCUGAUGGUGACGCUGCUUCCUCCUGCUUAAAGAUCACGCGCUUAUGGUGUUUUUCUGGUUUAGAACUCGCGUUUCGUGUCGCUGGUCUCGUGUACGAUGAAGCGGGUGGUGAUGCGUCACAAAGACCAAAAGAAUUUCUUUGAAUUAUGACCCAAACACAGUCACGUUUAUAUCUGGACAUUGGAAACCGGCGAUGUGUAGGAAUAGAAAUAAACUACUUGCCCACGUGUACCCCGCAGCGGUCAGAGUACCAGAUCAAGUUCUGCUGGCAUUGAUUAAAUGAUGGUCUGAUUUAGUUGGCUUACCUUUUUGUAUUAAUCUUGCUGGGAACUUGCAUUAAUUGAUCAAUGCAGCCGAUCACGUGCACAUGCGAUAAGACGUAAUAUGAG